AUGAUUGUCCCAACUUUGCGUUCUGGUUUCCGUGCACAACUCCCCAAAACAGUGCAGUUUGGCUUACGAGCACGUAGCCUCGCAACUGUUAGUAGCGAGCCCCAUUUCUCCAUUCCCGUCAUCGAUUUUAGCAAAUUCCGCAGAGCACAAUCGCUGGAAGAGAAGCAAAGGACGGCCGACGAGAUCGUAUCUGCCUUUGAGCGAGUUGGAUUCAUCUAUCUGUCCAGGCAUGGGAUCGCACCAGAGACGGUGGAUACCGCAUUCAAGCAGAGUGCCGAGUUUUUCAAGCUUCCAAUGGAUGUUAAAGCCAAACUUGCCUGGGAAGAUCCCCGUUCGAACAGAGGCUAUGUGAUGCCUGGUCGUGAGCGAGUCACUCAGUCGACCGACCCAGCAGAAAUUGCCCGUCUUCGCGCUUUGGCUCCGGAUGCGAAAGAGUCUAUGGAAAUUGGCCGAGACUGGGACGCAACUUGGGCAAACAGAUGGCCAGAUGCUAAAGAUGCACCCAAAUUCAAGGAGACAUUUUUGAGCUUUUUCCAGACGUGCCACGAGUUACAUGCCGAGGUCAUGUCUUCCAUUGCUCUCGGGCUGGGCCUCAAUGAACGAUUCUUUGAUAAACUGAUCGAUGAACAAUAUCACAAUCUUCGAUUAUUAUCUUACCCUCCAAUCAGCCGUGACGCACUUCUCAAAGACGGACAAGCUCGUGCGGGGGCCCAUUCGGAUUACGGUACUUUGACUUUGCUAUUCCAAGACCAAGUAGGUGGAUUGGAAGUUCAAAAUCCGCAUACUAAAGACUUCCAACCUGCCACUCCUAUUCCUGGAACGAUUGUCGUUAACGUGGGAGACCUCUUGGCUCGAUGGUCCAAUGACCGACUUCUUGCACCUCCUAUCGGAACCGGCCCAAUGACGCCUGCAAGGCAGUCCAUUGCGUUCUUCUGUAACCCGAAUGGGGGUGCUGAGAUUGCGUGCUUGCCGAACACUGGCAAGCCCAAAUAUCCGCCAGUCCAAACCGAGACCUAUAUUGUCGGGAGGUUAAAGGCUACUUAUGCAUAG